AAAAAUGCAGGACUUAAUAUGAGUGUCUAGAGCAUGAAACCUAAUUAAACAUGAUGGAUGUUGAUGCAGAUGUUGCUGUUGUUGGCAUUGGAUGCCAUUUCCCUGGAGGUGAAGGACUUGAAAACUUCUGGCAGGUUCUUCUUCAUGGAAAGAACUGUGCUGUCCAAAUACCAAAUGAAAGAUUUGACAUCUCUCAAUGGUACGAUUCAGAUGACAGUAAAGCAGGAAAGACAUAUACAGCAAAAGCGGCACUCAUUGAUGGUUUAAAUGAGUUUGACCACAAAUUCUUUGGUGUCACUGAUGCUGAAUCGACGAACAUGGAUCCUCAGCACAAACUUUUGCUUCAGUGCACCUACAGAGCCCUAGAGGAUGCUGGGAUACCAAUGGAAAAGGCCAGUGGAACAAGAACAGGAGUGUUUUUAGGUCUAAUGAACAGGGACUUUGAGUUGGCCUCAAUAAGAAACAGCCCAAAAAACAUCGACCACACCUAUAGUACUGGCACAGCUAUGAGCAUAGCUGCCAACCGCAUCUCCUACAUAUUUAACUUUACUGGUCCCUCAUUAUCCAUUGACUGUGCCUGCUCCUCAUCACUGGUUGCCCUUCACUUUGCUUGCCAAGCCAUGAAACAAGGUGACUGCGAAAUGGCUGUGUGUGGGGGUGUGACUUGUAUACUGGAGCCUACAGUCUUUGUGGCUCUCUCCAAGGCAAAGAUGAUCUCCCCCGAAGGCACCAGUAAACCUUUCAGUAGCAAAGCAGAUGGAUAUGGGAGAGGUGAAGGCUGUGGUGUUGUUCUGCUGAAGCCUUUAAGAAAAGCUCUCCAAGACCAUGAUCAUAUUUGGGGCAUCAUUAGCAAAACGGCAGUAAAUCAAGAUGGCCACACUGUUAGCCCAAUCACCAAACCAUCUAUGGUACAGCAGGAGGAGCUGCUCAGAAAAAUCUACUCAACAGACACUGACCUGACUAGUGUACAGUACGUUGAGGCUCAUGGGACAGGGACUCCAGUUGGAGAUCCAAUAGAGGCAGGUAGUAUUUCAAAAGUCAUUGCCAGAGCAAGACCUCGUGAAUCUGGACCACUCCUCAUUGGUUCUGUAAAGAGCAACAUUGGACACACAGAAUCUGCAGCAGGUGUUGCCGGGCUCAUAAAGAUUCUUUUGAUGAUGAAGCAUGAAACCUUUGUACCAUCAGUGUUCUACUCAGAAGAAAACUCCAGCAUAGACACAAAAUCUCUCAAUCUAAGAAUCCCCACUUUAACAGAGAAAUGGGUCAGUAUUCAUAAUGCUGUGAGAACUGCUGGAGUCAAUAAUUUUGGGUUCGGUGGAACAAAUGCACAUGCAAUUAUCAGACAGUAUGUUCAGCCAAAAAAAACAACAGCUCAGAUCAGUAAAACACAUCAGUUCUUUGUGCUCUCUGCAGCCUCAGAAAAGUCCAUAAAACAUUUAACUGAAGAUACUGCAAAGCAGAUUAGUGCUGGGACAAUAUCAGAUCUACAAUCUUUACUGUACACAUCUGCUUGUAGAAGAAGUCACAUGAAACACAAGUACAGGAAAGUAUUUCAGACAUCAUCUCUGACAGACCUGAAAGCAACACUUACUGCUUUUCUACAGAAAAAGGUUGAACCAUCAAAGACAGACUCCAAGUUAGUUUUUGUGUUUUGUGGGAAUGGUGUAACUUACCGUGGUAUGUGCAGACACCUUCUAAACAAGGAGUCGGUUUUCAGGGAAGUCAUCAUGAAGAUUGAAACUCUAAUGCAAAACUAUACAAAUCUGAACCUAUUAGAGAAGUUGGAAAGUGAAUCUGAUGAUUUUUCUGACCCAAAAGUUGUCCAGCCUCUCCUGUUUGCUAUUCAAGUUGCUGUUGCCAGCCUUCUGAAGCACUGGGGUGUCAGUCCUGAUGUUGUUCUUGGGCACUCCAUUGGAGAGGUCGCUGCAGCUCAUUGUUCUGGUUUGUUGUCACUUGAAGAUGCAGUAAAAAUAAUCCACUAUCGGAGUUUAUUGCAAAGCACUGUGACAGGAGGGAAGAUGUUGGCUGUCAGUAAUAUGGCUGUAUCUGAAAUCUUAAAAGUCCUUCCAUCUUAUUCAGGAAAGGUUUGUCUGGCUGCUUACAACAGUCCACAGUCAUGCACUCUCUCAGGAGAUGCAGAUGAUAUUGACAGAUUGCAUCAAAAUUUGAGCAUCUCAGCCAGAGGAAAAGAUCUUUUUCUCAGAAUUCUGGAUGUACCUGCUGCAUAUCAUAGCCACAAGAUGGAUCCCAUUGUAUCCAGAGUUAAAGAGAAUAUAGGCUUUUUACAGAGACACAGUAUGGUGGCAGAUUUGUUUUCAACAGUGACAGGUGAAAGUCCGUGCUCCUCAGAUUUUACUACUGGUGAAUACUGGGCGAGAAAUAUCAGAGAGCCAGUUGCAUUUGAACAAGCGGUUAGGUCAGCAGCUAAAAACAAGAGGAAUGUAAUCUUUGUUGAGAUUGGCCCAAGAAGAUCUUUGCAGAGGUACAUCACAGAGACUUUGGGAAAUGACAUCACUGUGCUUCCCUCAGUGCAGCCAGAAAAAGACCAUGAGACAGCCCUAGCUACUGUAUUUAAAUUGUUUGAACAUGGAGUAAAAGUGGACUGGGAAAUGUUCUACAAAGGUUUUGAGACUGAACCAAUUCCCUACCCAUGGUAUCAGUUUGAUAAUGUUAAGAAAAUCAUUGCACCACAUUUGCAGUUGGCUGGUCCUACAAGCAAUCACCCAGUAAUUACACAAAACAGUACAGACAGUUCUGUGUUUAGCUGUGAUCUAUCAUCUGACUCAGUAGCCUUCCUGCAAGACCACAAACAUAAUGGUGUUGCCAUACUCCCAGGGGCAUUUUAUGCUGAGUUGGGCCUAGCAGCUUUCAUGGAAUAUGCGAAGCCCAAGGUCCCACUUAGUUCUCUGCAGCUCAAAAUUACAUUCCAGAGUCCUUUUCUUUUCACCCAGAAUGCUCCAGACUUGAAAGUACAACUGAAUCCAUCAGACAAUUUACCAGAGAACAUGUGCAAUUUCAAAAUACAGUCUACUUCUGCAGUCUAUGCAAGUGGAACAGUUGAAGCGAAACUAGGUAGAAUCCCUGAAGAAGAAUCAAUUUCUUUGGACUGUAUAUUCAAAAGAUCUAAAAAUCUUGUGACAAAUGAAGAGUUCUACAAACAUCUCAGUAAGACAGGAUUCGACUAUGGCCGUGUCUUCAGAAAUGAGGCAGAUGUUUAUUGUGGGGAAGAGUUUAAAGAAUGUAUAUCUGUUGUGAGCGUCCCAAAUGAAUUACUGCCUCACUUACAUGACUAUUAUAUUCACCCAGUUGUCCUAGAUUAUGUCAUGCAACUUAUUCUUACAACUACGAUUCAUGACCUUUCAUCAAGACCUCAAUUUCCUACACAAAUAGGUAGCUUGACUGUAUUUGAACCACUGCAAGAGGAGAUGUUUGUGUAUUUGAAAGCAGUACAUGUGGAAGAAGAUGGUUUUGAAAUUUGUGGCUGCUUAACCAACAAACAGGGAAAGGUUUUGGUUGAGCUCAGGAAUGUGCAGAUCAGAAAGCUAGGCAGUCGCAGUCGGGUAGUUGAAGAAUACUUCUACCACAACAGCUUCAGUAUCAUCUCUGAAGAUGCCACACUGGAUACAUCAAUCAAGGCACUGGUCUUUACUGAUGAAUUAGGAAUUUCUAAAAGUUUGCAAAAAUACUUGCACCCAGCAUCUAAAUAUAUAAGUUCUUCACAAAGCAAAACACUCCUGGAAUGUGGACUUAACCCUGUUUUGUCCAAUCUGAAAAUUUCACGUGUACAGAAAAACUUCCAGGAAAUUUUGUUUAUUUGGGGUGAUGCAGAUCUAACCUCUUGCAAAUCGGAGAUUAUCUUGGACAGUAUAGCAGCAUGUUGUGAGAUUUUCAGAAGGAUCAUUGCGUAUCUUAAAGCAGAUAAUUUUCCAGGUGCUAUCAGAGUAAUAACCUAUAGGUCCUCUGAAGGCCUAGUGGACCACAUCAGUUCUGGGUUUGUGUUGCUGGGCAUGACAAGAGCAUGUGCAGCUGAGCUGUCAGAACUCUCCUUUCAACUGAUUGACAUGGACUCUGUCUCCUCUAAAGACAUCAGAGCUUUGGUUCAGGUCCUCAGUUCAUACCCCUGUAGCAAAUAUCCAGAGCUGGUGGUGCAGCAUGGUAAGAUUCUGAAACCCGAAAUCACCCGCACACCGUUGCCAAACACGGAAAGCCCUAAACAAAGCAUUCAUAUGUUGCAUGAUGAAACCUUUAUCUUGCAAACAUCUGAUCCAUAUGAAAUGACAAAUAUAUCAGCAAUUCAAGUGGAUAAUUCCAUUGAACCAAUUUCUGGGAAACAUAUUGAGGUUCAACUAAGUAAAACUUGUGUGCAUUCAUCAGACUACUUUCCGCUCAGCAUCUCUGACUUCACUUAUGGUCAGACAAUGUAUUGGAACAAACACACGACUCAAAACCAUAAGAUUUUAGCUCUAGAUUUCAGUGGGGUUGUCACAGGUGUGGGAAAAUAUGUCAGGAAACUAAAGGUUGGGGACGAUAUUGUGUGUUGUUUUCCUGUGACUGCAAGCUCCAAACUUGUUCUCCCAGCAGCUGUUUGCUACAAAGCAAAAAAACUUUCAUUCCUGAAGGACACCCCCUGUGUCUCCUUUAUGGUACUGGCCUGGGAGAUCUUGCAUGAGGUUUUACCCAAAGUCAAACAAAGGAAACUGGGAAUUUUCUCAACUGUUCAUGACUCAUCUCUGAUAAAGGUGUUAACAGCUAUUGCACACAGAUCAGGUUGGACUGUCAAAGUAUGCACACAGGCAGAUCAGCUUGCAUCUGAUUUCAGAGAGGUUGAAGGAGCCGUCCUCAUUCCUCCAUAUGAUAAGGAGAUAAUUGAAACGGUUAACAAUGUCACUGUCAUCAAAGAUGUUGUUCUUGUCUAUGAUAACCAGCCAAAUCUACCAGUAGAUCCAAAAACUUUCAGAGUUUUAAAUGAAGUCCACAUUCAUUAUCUUUUCAUGUCCCGAAUAAUGCAGCAAUGGUAUUUGCAGGUACAGAUGCCACAAAUCUACCACUGGCUGAAAUCUAUGCAUUUGGACAGAAAGUCCUUGUCUUUGGACACAACAGCAUUUCAAAAAGUGAAAUCUCAUGACAUUGAUCUUUUCUCUAUGAAAGAAUCUGAAUCAUACUUCACACACCAGAUUCUGCCCAUUAUAACUCUGGAUAAUGAUGCUAAGAACCAGCUGUCAGACAUUACAGUGUUGCCCAAACAGAGUCUUUUCCAGAAAGGAUCUGUCUAUAUUGUCACAGGUGGCCUUACAGGGCUUGGAUUUGAGACAGUGAAGUUCAUUGCUCAGAAAGGAGGAGGGAACAUUGUCAUUUUUUCUAGGAGUAAUCCAAACCCACAGAUUCAGCAAGAGAUACAGAAUAUCAGUAAUAAUUAUGGCUCUGUCAUUAAGUGUCUACAGUGUGAUGUUUCCCUAUCAGAGCAAGUACAACAGACAAUUGUUCAGAUUGGAAAACUUUUUCCAUCCAGUCCAAUCAGAGGAGUCUUUCACAGUGCAGUUGUCCUCCACGAUGGGCUCAUUGAAAGUCUUGACAAAUCUCUUUAUGUGAAAGUAAUGAGACCAAAAGUGAACGGAGUGAUUAACCUUCACAAUGCUACUAAACACUGCAAUCUGGAUUACUUUGUGUGUUAUUCCUCCAUCUCUGCCUUUAUUGGUAAUGCAUCCCAGACAAACUAUGCAGCUGCUAAUUCAUUCAUGGACACCUUUUGCCAGUACCGAAGAAACAUUGGACUUCCAGGACAGUCGAUCAACUGGGGGGCUUUGAAUCUUGGCCUUCUGUUCAACAAAGUGCAUCUUCAAAAAUUUCUGGAGGCAAGGGGAAUCAUGCUUAUGGAGACUCCAGAAAUUCAUGAAAGUCUUGUGCAAUGUCUUUUGAUCAACAAGCCUCAACAAGCUGUAUGCAAAUUUGAUUUCAAAAGCUACCAGAAUAACGUCCUCAAUCAAAACAAGUCAUUGAAAAUGCGGCUGUCCAAACUAAUAGAUGAAGCCAUUAGUAAAGAUAAAGUGAACUUAUCUGGACCUGAGCAAUCCACACCAUCCUCUCCGCAAGGGUAUAUAAGGUCAAUGAUUAGUGAAACAAUUGGUGUUGACUUGGAUGAGCUGAAUGAUGAUGUUCAUCUUGUCGAUUUGGGUGUUGAUUCAAUGCUAGCAAUGACUCUGCAGAAUCUUAUCUUCAUUGAUAAAGCUGUUAAUGUCCCUCUGGUCACUCUACUAGAUCCAAAUAGUACACUGUUAACGCUCAUCAGAAUUCUGGAGGGGAAUUCUGUAGGAGACUUUAAGAGCACAGAUGAAAGCAUAUCCACAUACCUUUAAUGAUUAUUCCUCCAAAGCUGUUUUUCUUUCGUUUUAUUGCUAAAACAAAUAAUUUAGCUUUUUUAAUUGUCUUAUUUUAUCUUGACAUACCAUAAAGUCUAUUGUUUCUGGAUGGCACCUACCUAUAAUACAGCAACUUUUAUGGCAAGUCACGUGAUUAGAAAAGCACAAUCCAAAUCAAUGCCCCAAUGCCAACCAGUUUUUCCUUUAGAUCUACUUAAUUAUAAUCUUUUUUUUGUUCUUGUGCUGAGAUUGCACUAGGUAUAAACUUAAUAUAGAUGUAAAUGCAUAAUGAUCAGUCUUUAAAUAGCUUUCUAUGUCUAUUUUUCACAGUUGAUUGUAUGUAGUGCUACUUUGAUGAUUUGAAUUGCAACUAUGAUAGCAUUUAUCUGUUUAUAUAGAGCUUGUAAACUUUGAAAAUUUUAAGUUAAUAUCACAGGUAUCAAACACAGAUUGAAUGAAAUCAAUUCAAGUGUGAGAUCCUUUGAGUAAAAGUAUUUCCAAGAAAUUCAUUAACGUGUUUCAGUUUGUGUAGUCUCACAUAAAUACUUGAUUAUUUAUUAAAAUAAUAUUAAAUAUAAUUAUUAAAAUUCCCUGAUUAUAAUAAUUCUAGAAGUUCUUGAUUUUCUGUAUAAUUAACAUCUCCCAAUCAACAGCUUUUAUACAUAACACUUAGCACUAUGUGGUAUUUAUCGUCUUACAUAGUAACAUCAACUCUUAAUAACAACUCAAUGCAACUCAUUUUUAGUGUAUUUAUUUGUUAAAUAUAGCCAUGAAAUAAAUAAGAUAAUAUACUGUAGUUAUAAUAACUGUACAUUACUCACUACACUAUCCCAUGCAACUAGAUGAUGCAUAAACUGGAAGAUACAUCUGUCUAUUCUUCAGAGGCGGACAGAGUACACAGCUUCAGUACUUGAGUAAAAGUACAGUUACCCCUUGCUAAAUUUUACUCAAGUAAAAGUAAAAGUACUACAGUCAGAUGUCUACUUAAGUAAAAGUACAAAAGUACUUGUUUUUAAAAGUACUUGAGUAUCAAGAGUACAAGAGUAAAUUUUCUAAAUGUUGCAUUACUACUGCCACAGUGCACGUUGAACCAUGUGAGAUGAUUGACAGCUGUACAGCAAAUGAUAGAGCUCUGAGGUCAAAUCUGAUGCAAAUCAGGAAGAGGAGACACACAUCUCACUCCGUUCGCUCUUCAGAUCGCAUAAUUCAGUGGAAAAUUUAUAGAAAUGUUAUUCUGUAUGACUAAAUAUUUUACUAACAUGUGAUAAUUAAUCAUUAUUUCCCCAAAUAUGCUCACCAUUGUACUAAUAGCCCUGGCGGAUUCUGUAUAUUUUAUCUAUUUGAACACAAAUAAACCGAAGAAGAAGAGAAUAAAUGUUUUACGGAUGAUGAUUUCUAUUCAAAAUAACGAACGUUACAGAUUCAUUAUUUUGGACUCCUGGCAUAUAUUAGGAAAUUAAUGUUACUGCAAACCAGUUUAAUCAUAAACAGUGGUCAAAUGUCGAAGCUGGAGUCUUAAACCUGUCUUGUGAUGCUGAGUUUGUCCAGACCAAGUAAGAGUGUGAUGUUUUGACGAGUAAUUCAUUUUGAACAACAAUAAUCCGGCCUCACCAGUGAUUCCUGCCGCUGAAGUUUUGUUUUGGUAAACACAGCAAACACUUGAAAAGAAAACUAUCAUUAACUUGUUCAGAACAUUUAAAUAGUCUGGCGAGGUGGGGCCACGGGUUGACACAUUCCCAGGAUGGACCUGCUGUGUCUUCAUCCAUUGUUUCGUGAGUGGUUUCGUCUCUUAUCUAAAUCUGACCAUGGUGACUUUGGCGGAAAGCUGAAGGUGAUUGCUGAUAGGCUGUCCCAAUCAGUUGCGCCUGCACAAUCCAAUCACGUUUAAGAGAGGGAAACAACAAAUUGAGGGUUUCUGAGAUUUUUAUUUUUUCCUUUUUUUUAAGAAAAAGUAACGGGUACUCAUGGUUAUGGAUAGAAAUGUAGUGGAGUAAAGAGUAAAAUAUUUGCCUCUCAAAUGUACUUGAUGUAAAGUCAUGAGUACUCCAAAAAAAUGAUACUCGAGUAAAGUACAGAUCCCUCAAAAUUGUACUUAAGUACUGUACUCAAGUAAAUGUACUCCGUUACUGUCCGGCUCUGCUAUUCUUCUACUUGAAUGGGGAAAAAUAUCUUUAAAA